GCUAGUCUGAUCCCGGGCCCGGCAACGUAGUAGAACUACUCGCUGGCCUGCCAUAGCUAUCCAAGCCCGGUGCCGGCUGGGGCGCGGAGCCCGAGCGGAGCGCCCUUGGAGGCCGGAGCUGCUGGGCCUGCGGAGCCUCAGGAGCCGGCAGCCACUGCGCCUCCUUCAACCUUGCCGGCGAGCCGGAAUCGUAGAACUAAUCUCAACCCGGGGAUUGUGGUGUUGACCUUCCUUGGUUUUACUUGUUAGCUCCCAGCGAGAUGGUCGAGGUCAAUUUAAGCCAGGAUGCUGGAGAGUUGGUGCAAGCUAUCUGUAACGAAUUAAACUUUUCCAAGGGAAUCCUUCGUCAGCCCAGAGGUUGUAGUGCUCAUUUCCUCUGACAUCUUUUCCGCUUAUUACUGGAAUAAAAGCAGUAUUUUUCCCCAAUUUUCCUUACAGGACGUGUGACUUCUCUCCUUAGAAACACAGCUCAAGAAUCUCGUGAAAAGACAAGCUCUUCCGACUUUCAGGCCCCGUGCUGUCAUCAGAAGUUUGGGGUAAACGAUGGGAAAUGAGAAGGUCCUGUCUCUGCAUUCCCAUCUGUGACUGGGCGUUCUCCGCCUCCUCAGAGGAGCAUCUUUUGUAGGUGUCAGGUUAGCAUUCAGAAGGGCUUUUCUCCAGGGUCAUGAACCUGGACGACUAAGCCGUUUCCAAGGAAAGAGGUGUUUUGAAUCCCACAAUGGCAGCUAAAAUGGAGAUAACUUUGAGCUUGCAACCUCACUCUCCACAUUCCUCCAAACAAGAGAGACACAUAAUAGCAAAGCUAGAAGAGAGACAGGAGCCUGCUCUGCAAAAUAACUGCCCCGAUCCUGAGCUCUCCCACCAACGCUUUAGACAGUUUUGUUAUCAAGAGGUGUCUGGACCCAAGGAGGCACUGUGCCGCCUCGGACAGCUCUGCCGGGAGUGGCUGCAGCCUGAGCUGCACACGAAGGAGCAGAUCCUGGAGUUGCUGGUGCUGGAGCAGUUCCUGACCAUCCUGCCCCCAGAAAUCCAGGCUUGGGUCAGGAAAAGAUGUCCAGCAAACAGCACUGAGAUUGUAAACCUGGUAGAAGAGUUUCACAGAGCCUCCAAGAGACCAAAGCAGUGGGUGGCCGUCUGUAUGCAGGGGCAGAAGGUGCUCUUGGAGAAAACGGGAGCUCAGCUUGGAGAACAGGAACUGCCAGACUUUCUGGAGGAGUCUUCCCAGUCAGAACCUCAGGACCAGCUGAGCCACCAUCAUGGGGAGAAAUCUCAGCUCCUCCAGGAACCAACCCUUCAGUUGGCUGGGACAGAGGCCACCAGAAUGAGAAGUGACAACAAGGAAAAUCCACAACAGGAAGGGACUAAAGGAGCAAAACCUUGUGCAGUGUCAACUGACAGAUCCAAAGGGAAUGGUCUGCAGAGUCAUGAACCUAGAGCCGUGAGUGUGAGUGAACCCCGGUUGUCACCGAGACAGGUCAGCCCCCCAAAUGCUCAAAAGCCAUUCACUCACCACCAGAGACAGUGCAGGCAACUGGAAUACAUCAGCAGCCCCCUAAAAAGCCACCUGCUGAGGGAGGUGGAGAAAAGCAAUCGUUUGGAACAUCUUGGGCACCCAAAGAAAUCUUACAAAUGUGAUCACUGUGGGAAAAGCUUCUCAUUUAAUUCAGAGUUGGAAAGACACAAGAGGGUCCACACAGGGGAGAGACCGUACACAUGUGAAGUAUGUGGAAACUGCUUUGGGCGGCAGUCAACCCUGCAGCUGCAUCAGAGGAUCCACACUGGAGAGAAGCCGUACCAUUGUAACCUGUGUGGGAAAAGCUUUCGACAGAACUCAAACCUUCGCAAGCAUCAAAGUCUCCACCAUGGAGAAUAAAAGGAGAGCUUCAUUCUUUACGUUCAGAAGGAAGAUAUUUGUACUUUUCCUUCCCCUCACUUGCAUGUAAAUCACAAAGACUUAACAAGGAAAGGCAAAGGUCCCUGAGGAAGUGACGGUGCACAUUUAGCUGGUAAAAGGGGUCCCACAAGAGGCAGACCAGGGACGUGCCCAUACCCAGUGUCAAGGGUAAAGAAAUGGCAGGUCUGGGCAUUGGGUCAAGGAGAACUGCAGUCACUGUUGGAGAACAGGGAGUAAAUACUAAGGGAGUGACAGGAUGAUCCUGCCCCACUUAUUGUGAAGUUCUUCCUAUUGCUUUAUCUUGUAAAAUAAGUUAAAGUAUAAAUUCUACAUAUAGUUGCACAUUUGCUGUCACACAAGACAAUCUUUAUUAUGCUCACACUUCUUUAAUAAAGAUGAGUGAUCCACCAGCAUUUCAAGGCAAAAGUGCAUUGGAAUGUAAGUCUCCUGAUAGUCCAUCUGUAAUUCCUGGCUGUUCAUAACAAAGGAUUGCAUUAAGUGAGAAUGUGUCAUGUUUGUGUUUCCAAAUAACUAAAAGAUGCAUUUAUAUAAAAAAGAAAAAUAUACAUAUGUGUGUGUAUAUAUAUAUGUAUAUAUAUUUUUAUAUAUAUAUAUGAUCCUUUUUAUAUCCAAGCAUCUUUGAUUUAGAAAAACUAAGUCCACACAGCAGUCCCAGCCAAGAGACAGAGAAACACUAUUGAGAGGUGAGGAACCAUGUUUUUCCAUCAUCGUAGCUUUUGGACUUAGCCCAAGAGGAGGAGGUGUUUAGUAAUUGGGUAAUUGAGGACCCUGCUUUCCCUGCCAGGCCCAUUUCUGCCUGAAUUAAGAGAUCAUGUUGGAUGCAACAGGCCAAAACCUUUGCCUUUUGGGCAGAGCCUUAAUGAAAGUCCAGUGGCCUUCCUCAUAGUUUUUGGUGGUCCUAUAUGGGUUUUCUGGGUAUGUUGGGUUUUAUAGGGCAGUGGGGAAUGCGAUAGGGCCUAAUCCUAGAUCACCUUCCUAACUGCUCUGUUAAGACAAUUCAUGUCUACCUUGAAUCUCCCCAAAGGGAGGGAACAUAGAUUUCCAUUUUUCUUAUUUAUAAGGGUUGGAGACAGGAACUCUUCUUAAAAUAAGAGUUCUACUUCUGGUGUGUUUUGAAGUUCUUGAAAAAGAAUAAAGACUCUUGAGUGUUUUCUCAUUCCAAAAUCAAUAUAUGUUCAUUGUUGAAUCUCAGUGUCAUUGGGUACUUGUUCAACUGUGGACCUCGAAUACAUAUGACAAAAUCACCACUCCAAACAUCACUCAUUUCCAAAAGGUUUUCAAGUGUGUGAUACUGCCUCCCCUCCCCCAACUGGGGGUUCACUUUGGCAGAUAGAGGGCUCAAUUCUAGGCCAAGUAGGGGCAGUAAGGAAUUAGGCCUCAGGUGCUCAUUUGCCGGUCUGCACUCAGUUCUUCAAAUGUAGAGAUCCCCCUCAUUCUUUUUGCCCAUGCGGGGUUCCAUCGGAGGGCCUCAGCAUGGAAUGCUGACCUGGUUUGCAAUCAGGUAUCAUGUGCAGUACCCCAAUAUAAAAGAAUAAUCUUUCUCCUUUCAUGUGUAGCCCUUGCCCAUGGAGGUUCUGUGAUCUUUUCUGGACCUUGCCCAGUACUUACCCUUGUGGAGUUAGGAACAAUUCCUGCUCAGGUUAUACGGUCCCUGGAGUACCCUUGGGCAGAUGAGAGGGGAAGCAUCAGUGGUUAGGUGGGGAAUCUGGACCUCACAGAUUUCUCUGAAAAGCAUUUUCUAUCUAUAGGGGAUAAAGACUUUGUAAAUCUAUCCCUUAACACCAUUAUCAUUACCAUCAAAAUUAACAACUCCUGAGUACAAUCCAAUAGACAAUGUUGAAAUUUUUCCCAAUUGUUUCUAAAACAAAAAUGCUACUUUUUGCAGCUUUACUGAGGUUUAUUUCACGUAUAAAAUUCAUCCGUUUAAAAUGUACAGUUCAGUGGUGUUAGUACAUUCAGAGUUGUGUAACCAUCACGAUAAUCCAAUUUUGGAAUAUUUUCCACAGUCCAAGAAGAAACCUCAUAGUCAUGAGCAGUCACUCCCCAUUCCUGACUAUCCUGAACACCCCUCUUUUUUCACUUUGCAUAAGGUUUUCAAAGUUCAGUCAUGUAUCAGUACUUCAUUCUUUUUAUUGCCAAAUUUGAUUGAUUGAAUGGAUAUACCAUGUUUUGUUUAGACAUUCAUCGGGUUAUCGACAUUUGGGUUUUCACUUUUUGGCUAUUAUGAAUAAUGCUGCUAUAAAUAUUGUACAAGUUUUUGUGUGGAUGUGAGUUUUCAUUUCCCUUGGGUAUAUACCUAGAAUGGAAUUGCUAGGUCAUACAGUAACUAUGUUUUAACUUUUUGAGGCACUACCAGACUGUUUUCUAAGGUAGCUGCACCAUUUUACAUUCCCACCAGCAGGAUAUGAGGGUUCCAGUUUCUCCACAUCUUCACCAACAUUUACUAUUUUCCUAUCUUUUAUCAAAAGAUAAAACGGUAUCUCAUUGCAGCUUUGGUUUGCAUGAGUAGGGGAGAGGAUGGGUACAAUUAAUUAUAUCCCAAAAGACUAUUCACCCUGGGGUAAGCCACAGAGAUGAGCUGGAGGUACUCUCUUAAAGGCAGGCUUGGGUCUGCUCCUCUUUCAUUUUGAUUGUACACUGUCCAUAUUCUCCCGAACCCCCACGUAUACACUCCCACAUGCUCCGUUCUUUGAAACUACGUGAGACUAUUUUCCCUUUGCAAGAGGUGGGUUCUAUGGAAGGAAACAGUUUCUAAACCAGGGCACGUCUAAUUCUAGAUGUAUUUGAAAAGCUGAAAGAACGCCAAGAGUGGCUAUAGGGGAGAGAGAGCAAGAACCAUAGAAAAAGAGAGCAGUUGGAGUUGAAGCUGGCAAGGUACAGUCAGGAGACCAUGUUGAAGAUUUUGGACGUUUGACAGUGACUUUUAUAGCAUAAACAAUUGAGUGAUGUGGCACCACAUACUGGAAGAAAACAAAAAUCAGGGAUUAAAAGCAUGAGUCAGCUUUAGAAGAUCUCUAGUAGGCAGCUGAAUGUAGGGACCUGGAGUGCAAGGGAGAGGAGAGACACGGGCUACAGUUAAUGUGAGGUUUUUACACCCAUGAGUGAUUAACAGGCUUGGGAACCCACGUACCCAAGUGAGCCCAGAAUUCAAGAACCAGAGCAAGUUAGAAGUCGGCUGCAGGGCACACACAGCAAGACACUGGCGUCGGGUCUACAAAGAAAAUACUCGACCCGGGUAGGAGUAAGAAGCAUAAAGCAUCCCUGUCUAACGGAGACAUACUCUCAGGGUGGGCCCGUAGCUCCGCAUUGCCAAAGUAGAAGUAGGGCUGGCAAGGCAGCGCCUUCCCAGCGUGGUAAGUGCUUGGUGUCCUCGGCCGUCGACCCACAAUACCCUACCGCUAGUGCGGAAAACAAGACCUCAGGCUCCCCCGUCCUUCGACAAAUGCUCCUACCCCCACCGCCCAGUUUCUGCGGAGAACGCACGCCGAGUAACUGGCGGUGGGAGUGGGCAGGGAGCCGAAUCCAAGCCUCGCGCUAGCACCCGACGGCCGCCCACAGCAUGCACGCCCCAGAGGGCGCAACGGACACCGCCCGAACGGAACCGCUGGAAUCGAGCUCGCAGCUUCCGGUUUCCAGCCGAGCAUGCCGCUCUAGCCCCUCAUCUCAUUGGCAUUUCCGCCGGCCAGAGUGGCAAAUGGCCGAGCUGGAGCGUCAAGGUCUCUCUGAGGCUGCGCAGAGGCUCCUGGGAUCCUUAGUUCCCACCCCCAACUUCCAGCAGCGGCUCACGCCGGGUAGUCGCUGCUCUGGGAUGGCCGCAGUGAAGCAUAGACUAGAAGGGAAAUCAACGUCUAGUGCUCUGUGUUCCCAGAAAAACGCUGGAAUUUUUCUCAGGUACAGGGAGCAAGUGGUCUUACCUCCAUUUAUUUAAACGGCACAACUUCAUUCGGUCUCUUAUCCAAACCACGGUCUACGAAUCUUAACGGUUCCAAUUGACUAUACUGAAAACCAUUUAGGUGUAAAAAAAAUUCACCUCAUCGCCAUCAUUAUAAAAAAGCGUUUAUUAAAUGCCAAAUUGCACAUUAGGUAUAUAUAAUCACUGCCCAUAAGGCUGAUGAGAAUAUACCAAAACCAGUAAAACAAACAUUAAACAUAAGUACAAAACAACAUACUCCUGAGGUAUUCAAAGGAACUAGAGAUUGCAGCAUAUUCUUAGGUUUACACAAGUGUAUUUAUAUCCUAUCCCCCUCCUCCCUUUAUUGUUAAUACGAGGGAAGUCAGUAAAAAAACACCCAUAGUCAGAUGGAGCUUGGUACCAGAUCAAUAGCUCUCCCAACCUACAAAACUACAACAGAUGCCUACACACACUCUUCACGAAGCUCAUUGUUGGUUAGCUUUUUAAAGCUAAAGAUCGUGAAAGAAAAAACACUAUCCUACUGAAACCCACAGGGAUAACGAGUUUAAUGAACAAUUCAAAAUAUUCUUUAUUCAUAUAACCUUUUAUGCCUCCCCUUGUACAUAUAUGAGGCAAAUUGGCAGAUUACUUUUGAGUAAAAUCUGCAGUUUCAGAUUAUAUGAUAUUUUAUGCUGCAGUUAUCAGAACACUGCCACUGAAUUAUAUAGCUUGCCAGGAGUGAAAUCUCAAAAAAUGGCAUUUACUGUGAAAUGUUAUUUUUAAACUUGAAUUCUUGGGUCAUUUUCUAUUAUUAGGGGAGAUACGCAUAGAUUAUUACCUGCAGCAACAGAACUCUAAACAACUAUUUUGAGUGGAAUUCCUUUGAGAAUAAUUCCUUAAUUUUUAAAAUUACAAAAUGUAAACUGAUGACAUCUGAAUUCCGUUAGAAAAAUGCUGUUUCAUCAUUGAUGACCGUUUAACAGACUCUCAUAUUCCGGCAAUCACAUUAAGGACUUGUCAGGUAUACAUUUUCGUCACUGCUUCAACAACAAAACCUAAGAAAUUUGAGUCAGUUUCUUUGGCACAAAGCUUUCACUUUUAAUAGUGUGUCAAAGUCCAAGCUGCAAACUAUAGUCAACCAACUGUUCAAAGCAACAAAACUCUUAAAUUUAGUUUUUCAGCCUGUAUUAACUUUUAUCCAGUAUUUGUUAAUCACAUCUAACACAGUAGGUUAAUAGUAUUUCUUGUGGAAUCUACGUCCAUCAAUUGGCAUUGUAAAUAGAAGGGUGAAGAAGCCACCAUCAUAAAAACAGCAUGGCUCUCACUGGCUGACACAACCUCUUUUCUUCAACUCCCUGGGCUCAAAGCAGCUUCAAUUACAUCCAGCAAAUAUGUUUAGGAGCAAGUGUACAAAAAGACAGUAUCUGAAAAUAUGCCUAUUUCACAGUAACUGACACUCAGGGUUUUGUUUUCAAUUUUUCUGCACACCAAUCUUUAUUACACCAAAAAGCUGUUUUGAUUACGCCCAUGUGUACGAUAGUGUUUCUGUAAAAAUACUGUUUUUCUAAUCUCUUAUUGAGUUUUGGCAUAAUGUCCCAAAAUCUGGAGAAGAAAAUCGCAAAAUAGGAGAGGUUAACUGUAAAGAAAGUCUCAUCUGGAAAGGUAAAUGUCCAUUUUAAAGUGUGGAAGAGAUUCAUGGCAUAAACUCUCACCUUCCCUAUACUUUCUUAGGAGCAAAGGAUGACAAAAACUCAUUGCUGUUGAGUCGAUUCUGACUCAUAAUGACCCUACAGGACAGAGUAGAACUGCCCCAUAGGGUUUCCAAGGCUGCAAUCUUUAGGAAGCAGAGUGCCACAUCUUUCUCCUGUGGAGCAGCUGGUGGGUUUGAACUGCCGACCUUUCGGUUAGCAGUUGAGCACUUAACCACCGUACCAGGGCUCCUAUAAAGGAGGACGGUUUCCAUCUCUCGUGUCAGCUCCUUCUGUCCAAGUGCCUCUCGACUCCUUUCUACAGGAGCUUUUCUAGUGGGGGCCUCUUUUCCAAUUUUAUUUACCACCUUCAAACUCUAUUCAGUCUUAAAUAUUAGCACUCCUAAUUUGUGCUACAACGCACUGUAUCAGCUUCUCCUGUCCAGGACAGAAACAGGAAAGUGGGGCAGUAGUACUCUUAUUGAUAUUUAACAAGGAUUAUUAUACCCCUGAGUUGGCUCAUCAGAAAAUUAACUGGAGACUAGCUUUCUACACUGUUUUAAGCUUCUCAGACCAAGAGAAACUACUGGGGGAAAAAAAAAACAAAAACUCCAGACAAGCUCACUUUUUUAUUCAAGGUCCUGAAGCCCGGACCGACUGGUGUUCUUUACCCUAAGAGCAGAGACACCAGAAACAAAGAUGCAAAUCUGACCUUGACAUACAGGGCACAUGGUCUCAACUGUAUGUCUGCGAAUAAGAAACAAGGCAAAAAUGACAAAAGAGCAUGGAGUGAGUGGGCUGAGUUAGGGCGUCCGUUUCAGUUCUCCUCACUCAACCUAUAAAACAAUGUCAAACAGUACUAAUUUCAUACAGAUAUUACAUUCAAAUAGUUACAGCAAAGAAAAAGUAUAAAACAUAAAAUUAGUUACUUUCCCAGGUACUGCAGAACUGGCAAAUAAAUAAAUAAAUUCUCCCUCUUGCAAAGCUUAUUUUAAAAAAAUUAAAAGAACUCUAGCAACAACCUUCAUUUUAAUGAAAAUGAGUUAAAAAAAAAAAAAAAAGUUCUAUCUUCCUGCCUCUAACCAGUGUUAA